AAAAUCGCUUCUUCGAUCGUCGAGGAGGGUGAACGACGCGACUUCCCAAACAGCACACGGGGCGCACGAUGAUGACGUCACGCUGUUCUCUUGACGACAACAAACAUGGAGGAAUAUGCCCGUGAACCUUGUCCCUGGAGGAUAGUGGAUGACUGUGGAGGUGCUUUCACCAUGGGUGCAAUUGGAGGAGGGGUGUUCCAGUCGAUCAAGGGCUUUCGUAAUGCCCCGGCAGGCGUCGGACACAGACUGAGAGGAAGUGCAAACGCUGUUAGAAUAAGAGCUCCACAGAUUGGAGGUAGCUUUGCUGUGUGGGGAGGGCUCUUCUCCACUAUCGACUGUGGUUUGGUUCGCCUGAGAGGGAAAGAGGAUCCUUGGAACUCCAUAACAAGUGGUGCACUGACUGGGGCCAUCCUGGCAGCGCGCAGUGGGCCAUUAACGAUGAUGGGCUCUGCCAUGAUGGGGGGAAUUUUGCUCGCUCUCAUUGAGGGUUUUGGGAUCCUCCUGACCAGAUAUACAGCGCAGCAGUUUCAGAACCCUGUUCCCUUUGUAGAGGACCCCAGUCAGUUACCUCCAAAGGAUGGAGGUCAUCAGCAGCAGCAGGAGGCAAAGGGGCAGUUUUAAUCAGGGACUGAUGCCAGCUGUGGACACAGUGAGUCAGAGCAGAGAGUAAGGGGGGACACCACAGCAGGUACCAGGAUCACAGGGACGUGGACAUACUGGUCCUGACAAUGGUGUCAGGUAGUUGCACUAAAUACCUCAGGGGUAAAUUACUGUAAUUUUUAAUUAUUUCUAAGAAUGUAUGUGAAUAAAUUCCUGACAAACCUCAUGUUUGCACCUCCAGCAUCUCAUGAAACGUUUCCUCAGUCUUCUGUGAACUUGUGAGGGUGACAUAUUCAGUUUUUAAAUAUAGAAACAAACAUCAGUUUAAUUAUUAAACACCUUGCAGACAUGGUAAAGGAAUCCUGUAACUGUAUUCCCUAAAUUGUUAAACUAUUCCUUUUAGCUUCCAAAGAUUUUAUACCUUUGUGCACAGAUUUAGAUUUCUAACAGUGAAGCCAGUAUUUUUUGGCACUAAGGCAGAAAGUUAAGUCAAUUGAAACGGCACAUGGACGCCACUUUUGUCCCGCUUUUCUUGUCUGCUCAAUGCACUUUACAACACAAGCCACAUUCACCCAUUCAGACACUGAUUCAUGCAGUGACACAGAGGCUGCUAUACAGGAGCUUUGAGAGCUUUCUAUCCAAGCACCAUCACAAUAUUUCACAAUAGUUUCACUAACACAUUUUUGCCAGAAUCAAGGACACUACCAUGGCCACUCAGGAGGUAAUAAAGAGAGGGAAAUGAGAUGUCUGGAGAUCAGUAGUGAAUAUUUUUCUAGGUGAUUUAUUAUGUGUCAAGUGUGACAAUCAAUGCAAAAUCUGUAUGUUUUUAAAUGACCUGUGUGCUUCAGAUGGAUGAAAAACCUCAUUACAUUCUUUGUUUGCAGUAUCUCUUCAUAAGAUCUUUCCUCAUCUGAGAGCUUUUGUAAUGUUGAAUCUUCGUUCAAUAGUUAUUUAUUAGUUAUUGUUAAUAUUAUGUCACAUAUGAGCGCAAACCAUGUGUUUUCUGGCUUUAAUUAUUUACACUUAGACACUUUAGUUAGCCAGCUAUCUCAUCACUUUGAUCGCUGCACUAUCCAUCAAGCAACCAAGCACUUUUUAAGCUUCAUCACUCUGUUUUCUUAAAAGGUGAACUUCACGCAAAAAUGAAUAUUCAGUCAUUAUUUAUUCAUCCUCAUGCUGAUGGAAAGUAGGGGGACGUUUCUUACAUUAAAGAUUUCUGGAGCUUCACGGGAAAACGAUUUUGCAGGAUUCUUCUGAACAACAGAAGUAGAUGGAGAUGUGAAAAAACAACAACAGAACAAGGCUCCAUGCUGAUUUUCUGUUGGAAUCCAAGUGUCGAGGGAAAAUAACGCUCCCAGAACACUGUUUAAAUCUGGAAAGGUGGCAGGGUCCGCCAAAUACAGACUAACAGAAAGGAAUUAUGUUGUCCUUUAAGGUCAGUUUGUUUUAUUCAGUUUAUUCAGUCAUGAAAACAAAGAGAGUUUUUUUAUUUAGUUUGUUUAGGUGUAAAACGUUCGGUCAAUUAAUAACUUUUCCCCUAAACUACAUAGUGCACCUGUAGAAUAAGGUGUCAUUGAUGUAUAUUUUCAAAUCAAUCAGGGAUCUCUGGGCUCCUGUAGACUUGGAUUACACCGGAUACGUUGUUCGGAGCCUUUUUGCCUUUUUUUUUCUCCAUCUGAAGCCCCAGAAACUUCCCCCAACGAGUGGAUAACGACUGAAUCCUCAUUUUUUGGUGGGGGGGGGGGUGAACUGGAUGAACUCAUCCUUUUAAAUUGUAGCAUGUCGUGCACAAAGCAGAGGUGAUGCAGUGUGACCCUCUGUUCUGCUGUCAAACCGUGUAUAGAAAGAAAGAAUGUUUAUUUAUGUAAUGUCUUAAUAUAUUUAUCUCGCAAGAGCUGAUCAAAAAAAACAAAAACACAAUAAAGGCAUCAGAUG